CCGAUUCUUUCAUCGUCUCCCUCGGGUUUGGCUUCUCGAUUCCCCUUUCUUCUUCUGCAAAGGAAAAGAUUAAAAUAAUUUUAUUAUUAUUAUUAUUAUUUUUGAUACAGUGUGUUCGGCAGUUCUAAAUCAGGAAAAGAAGUUGAGAAGAACUGCUGAGUUGAUCGGAAGUUUGGUUAAAUGGAAACUCGACUGGAUAAUGACGUGUUAGAGAAGAUCGUCAGACAUUUGGAUGAUCCGUCUGAUAUUGUGCGUGUUAGCUGUGUCUCUCGAGAGUGGCAAGAUUUUGUGAUAAAAUAUGGUCUUGCCAAGCAUCUGUGCUUGAGGAUGUUUCCUCAACUAUCCAGAGUUGAUCAUGUGGUUGAGCCAGCCUCCAUGGCAGAAAGCCUUGUGGCAGUUGGACCUAGUAACAUGGAAUGGGAAACCUUGAAGAAAGAGCACAGGGCUUAUGCUUUUUUGGCUCAAGGUUUUAUGUCAUUUCCUGAAAAGGAAAUGGUUAUGGUGCGAUAUACAGCUUCUUACGAGAAUCCUGUGUUCCCUAUAGUUCUGACUUACAAAUUGGUGGAUGAUAUUUGUGUUGUUACUGAAAUCAGAAAAAAAGUUUUAAGAGGUCCAGCUCAUUUCCAGAGUCAGUGGGGCAUGGAUUCUGCAAAAUCUAUUCAAUUCCGAAUGGGUCAUCUCAAUUCCUUCAACGAUGAUAAUCCUUUGCAUAAGAACCCAGGCGCUUGGGUUCCUUCGAACCCAGGCGCUUGGGUUCCUUCAAACCCACGCCUGGGUUCUUCGAACCAGCUGGGUUCCAUGGAACCCAACCCUGGGUUCCGUCGAACCCAGGCAUGGGUUCAACGAAACCCAAGCGUGGGUUCUUCGAACCAGCUGGGUUCCAUGGAACUCGACCCUGGGUUCCGUCGAACCCAGGCAUGGGUUCAACGGAACCCAGGCGUGGGUUCGAAGAACCCAGAACGCUUGGGUUCUUCAAACCAGUUGGGUUCCAUGGAACUCGACCCUGGGUUCGAAGAACCCAGCACGCCUGGGUUCGAAGAACCCAGCACGCCUGGGUGUUGGGUUUGUUUGCUCAAGGAAGAAGAUGAUGGGCUGGGUUCUUCGAACCAGUUGGGUUCCAUGGAACCCGACCCUAGGUUCAAAGAACCCAGCAUGCCUGGGUUCGAGAUGAUGAUGAUGAACAUAUAUAUUUUUUCUGUGGGUUUGAUGUUUGAUGAUGAUGAAGAAAGCAAGGCAAGGAAGAGGAAGGAAAAAAAAAGGGCGUUGUUUGGGUUCGAUUCAACCCAGGUGCUGGGUUUGUUUGGUGCUGGGUUUGUUUGCUCAAGGAAGAAGAUGAUGGCAAAUUCGUAAUUUUGGUGGGCUCCACUUUUGUUGGGUUGAGCAAGGACACGACAUGUCACGUUGCCAUGUCAUUAUUUAGUCAUUUAUAUAACUGAGGUGUCUCAAAUGUUUGACAUGUCAUUAAAUUGUCGUGAGAUAA